AUGGAACUUGGAUCUUCUCCUUUACUUAUUUCUUUUAGACCUGUUGCUGCUCCAACUAGAUAUCUUGCAGCCUGUACAAAUAAGUCUAGGGCUUUAUAGGAUGAUUUUGAUGUUAGAUGUGUCUAAGAAAAAUCAAAUGAUACAUAUUUUAUAAUUCAAUAAGUCAAAGAAAAUGUUUAUCUAAUCAAAUCUGCAGCUAAACCAAAUCAUUACUUAUUUUGCUCCAAUGAUAAUACUAGAAAACAUGAAGAUGAUUUUGAUGUUAGAACUCAUUAAUUUUAAGAAGCAAGAAAUAAUUGGAUUAUUGAAAGUCAUGGAUGGAGUUUAUUCACUAUUAGAUCAGAGACAAAUCCAAAUCAUUUUUUAUUUGUUGCAAGUGAUAAAUCUAAUAACCAUGGUAAGGAUUUAGAUGUACGCACUUAAAAUAAAGAAAAUUAAAAUAAUCAUUGGUAUAUUGUCUCUAAUCCAAAUUUUACAACUCCAUAUCCUUUAAAAUAUGAUCUAAUUAUUGUAACAUUCAAUCCUGCUCAUUUACCAUAACAUACUUUAACAAUUGGUGAUUCUCAUCAAUCAUUUACAGAUGAUUUUAGUGUUAAUGUUAAAUAAAAUAAUAAUUAACAUUCAAAAUUUAUACUUGAUAGAGUGAAUGGAGAUGCUUUUGCAAUAAGAUCUUUCUUAUUCCCCUCCUUUUAUUUAUAUGUUGAUAAUAAAAAAGAACUUAAUAAAUUUCAUGAUUACGAUGUCAGAUUUCACCCAAUUAAAGAACUCAGAAAUAUAUGGUUGAUUGAAUAAACAGAAUCUAAUCAUUGGACAAUAAGAUCAUUAACUAAUCCUAAUCAAUUCUUAUUCGCAGUUUAGGAUGAACCACAAAAUAAUUAAAGCUUCCCAAUAAGAACUCAUCCAUUUCAAGAAGAUAGAAAUUAAUGGAUCAUUGAUGGUUUAUAAUAAUAUUGA